GGUUAAUCUAAGACAAUUAAUCUAAAACAAAAAUUUAAAUAAUUACACAAAUUCCAAAAAAAAAAUACUUUGGCACAUAAAUACCUAGGUACGCAAGAACUGUUUAAAAUUCAAGAUAGCAACUUACGAUUAUAGUGUUAAAAUUGGUACGACCUCAAGUGCGUGUACUAAUAACAAAUUGCAUUUAGUAUAAAAGGCCGAAAAAAUUUGAAAAAAAUCAUCAGUUGAAUUCGACUAGCUAACAAACAAACUACAACAAAAUGUACAAACUAAUUAUCUUAUUAUUUGUUGCAAUUUUUGCCAUGGCUUUUGCCACUCCAGUACCAGAAGCCGAUCCGAAGCCAGCAGCUAAGCCAGGAGUUUUCGCUGCAGCCUACACAGCUCCUCUAGCUUACUCUGCCUACUCAGCUCCUUUAGCUUACUCAGCUUACAGUGCGCCUCUUACCUACGCAGCCAGUCCGUUCGCUUACAGCGCAUACCCAGCUUACUCGGCUUAUGCUGCUCCUUACGUUGUUGUUUGAUAAUUUUUAUUUGAUGUUGCAAAAUUGUUUUCGGUUAUAAAGUGAUUAAAUGAAAUGGCAUUUGAAUAGUUUGUAGUUAUUUAAAACAUUGCUGAAGCUAGGAACUUAUAGCAGAUGCUUACACCAGCUAACUAUACCUAGCUUACAGCGCAUAUCCAGCUUCAGUUUAC